AAUGAUGUAAGCAUGUGUUAUAUAAUCUGCAGCUUCUCUAAUCAUAUCAUGUUACAUUCCCACAGGCUAGGGAGGAUGUUAUCCAUAUGCUAAAGACAGAGAAAACUAAACCCGAAGUUUUGGAAGCUCAUUAUGGGUUUUCAGCUCCGGAGGAUGUACUGAGGGUACUGCACAGAGAUGCUAUCCUGGCAAAGGAGAAAUCCAUAGCAGAAGAUGUGUAUGAAAAACCAAUGGCAGAGCUGGACAGACUUGAGGAAAAGCAGAGAGAAACCUACAGACGCAUGUUAGAGCAGCUUCUUCUGGCAGAGAAGUGUCACCGCAGAACUGUUUAUGAACUGGAUAAUGAGAAGAGGAAACACACAGAGUACAUGAACAAGAGUGACGAUUUCACUAACUUGCUGGAGCAGGAGCGUGAAAGGUUAAAGAAGUUACUGGAACAGGAGAAAGCUUACCAAGUGCGGAAAGACAAAGAAUAUACCAAGAGACUUAAUAAAGUUAGAGAUGAAUUGGUAAAGUUGAAGUCAUUUGCACUGAUGCUAGUGGAUGAAAGACAAAUGCAUAUUGAACAGCUUGGUCAACAAAGCCAAAAGAUACAAGACCUUACUGCACAGCUUCAAGAAGCAGAGGCAAAAUUGAAAGCAGCCUGUGCUAAAGCCAAUGAAGACAGCCAGAAAGUUAUUAAAUUGGAAUUAGAACUUGAGCACAAAACCUCCAAGUAUUCUCAAGAGCAUGAAGAAAUGUCUACGAAACUGGUCACUCAAGAGUCCAAUAAUCGUCAGCUCCGACUUAAGCUAGUGGGUCUCAAUCGUAAAAUUGAAGAAUUGGAAGAAGCAAAUAGGAAUCUUAUAAAAGCUGAGGAGGAGUUGAAAGAACUAAGAGAAAAAAUUGCCAAAGGAGAAUGUGGAAAUUCAAGUUUAAUGGCAGAAGUAGAGAGCUUACGAAAGCGAGUUUUAGAAAUGGAAGGAAAAGAUGAGGAGAUAACAAAAACAGAAACACAGUGUAAAGAACUACAAAAGAAACUCCACGAAGAAGAACAUCAGAGCAGGGAGCUAAAGCUGGAAGUAGAAAAACUGCAGAAAAGAAUGUCUGAAUUAGAAAAACUAGAAGAGGCUUUCAUGAAAAGUAAAGCUGAAUGCUCUCAGCUUUAUGUAAAGUUGGAUAAAGAAAAAGCCCAAACAAGAGAGCUGACCAAAGAAGUUGAUUUGGUGAAAACUCGAGUUAAGGAAUUAGAAUCAGUAGAGGGAAGACUAGAAAAGGCAGAGCACAAUUUAAAAGACGAUUUAACAAAGUUGAAAUCUUUCACUGUGAUGCUUGUUGAUGAAAGAAAGAUCAUGAUGGAAAAGAUAAAACUAGAGGAAGGAAAGGUUGAUGAUCUAAACAGGAGUUUAAAAACUGAACAAGGUAAAGUUAUGGAAGUAACAGAGAAACUUAUAGAUGAAAGCAAAAAACUUUUGAAACUAAAAUCUGAAAUGGAAGAAAAAGUAUCUAACUUGACUAAUGAGAGAGAUGAGUCCAUCAGCAAACUGAGAAAUGUGGAUGAGAAAAAUUGUGAAUUAAGUUGCAAAGCAGAACUGCUCAUGAAAAGAAUAGAAAAUAUGGAAGUUUCUGAACGAGAAGCUGCACGUAGCAGGGCAAAGAAGAAUUUUGAGUCUGUGCACCAUGAAGAUAACAAGACGAAAGAACUGCUUUUAGAAAUUGAGAGACUUAGAAACCGCCUUCAACAGCUGGAGGUGGUUGAGGGAGACUUGAUGAAAACAGAGGAUGAAUAUGAUCAGCUAGAAAGAAAAUUUAGAACUGAACAAGACAGAGCUAAUGUACUUUCCAUACAGCUUGAAGAGCUGAAAAGCCAAAUUGCAAAGAAUAAAGCCAUUGAAAAAGGAGAAGCUGUAAGUCAAGAGGUUGAACUUAGGCACAGAAUUCGAGUAGAGGAGGCUAAGAACAGAGACCUAAGAGCGGAGGUACAAGCACUUAAAGAAAAGGUUCAUGAUAUGAUGAACAAAGAAGAUCAGCUUUCUCAGCUUCAAGUUGAUUAUUCAGUUCUUCAGAAAAGGUUUAUAGAGGAAGAAAAUAAAAACAAAAAUAUGGGACAAGAUGUUCUGAAUUUGACAAAAGAGUUAGAGCUAUCAAAACGAUACAGCCGAGCUAUCAGGCCCAGCAUGAAUGGAAGAAGAAUGGUAGAUGUCCCUGUGACAUCUACUGGAGUGCAGACAGAUGUUUUGAGUAAUGAAUCUGUUGAGGAAGAAACCCCAGCAGUGUUCAUCAGGAAAUCCUUCCAAGAGGAAAAUCAUAUUAUGAGUAAUUUAAGGCAAGUUGGUCUUAAAAAACCAGCAGAGAGGUCACCUGUUCUGGAGAGAUAUCCACCUGCAUCAAAUGAGCUAAAUAUGCGAAAAUCAUGGAUACCAUGGAUGAAAAAAAAAAGAGAAAAUGGUACUUCAGUCACACCAGAAAGAGCAAUUCGUCCAAAUCUUAGCCAAGGGCACCAUGGUGAAGUGUUUCUCUCACCAAAACAAGGUCAACCUCUUCAUAUAAGAGUAACACCAGACCAUGAAAACAGCACCGCUACUUUGGAGAUAACCAGCCCACCUUCUGAGGACUUCUUUUCAAGUACUACAGUAAUACCAACUUUAGGCACUCAGAAACCAAGGAUUACAAUUAUUCCUUCUCCAGCUGUCAUGAGCCAGAAAGUUAAAAGUGCUGAUUGCCCCAUAUCCCCUGAAAGGGCAAUGUCCCCUGUGACAAUAACCACAUUUUCGCGGGAAAAAGCUACAGAAGGUGCCAAAUCCAGUUUUGGGGACAGACCUACAUCACCAAUUCAGAUACUCACAGUAUCAACAUCUGCUGCACCUCCAGAGAUAUCUGUUUCACCAGAUGCACAAGAAAUGACUAUGGGUCGUGCUGUAUUCAAAGUUACCCCUGAAAAACAGACUGUGCCAACUCCUAUUAGAAAAUACAAUGCUAAUGCGAACAUAAUUACAACAGAAGAUAAUAAAAUUCAUAUCCAUUUAGGCUCUCAGUUUAAAAGAAAUCCUGGCAGUUCCUCAGAAGGAGCCACUCCUGUCAUAACUGUUAGACCUUUAAAUGUUGCUACAGAAAAUAAAGAGGUUGCAACUGGCACAGUUCUUCGAUCUCCUAAAACCAACCUGUCUGCCAGAUCUACAACAAAUAAAGUCACCAGCUCUAUCACUAUAACUCCUGCUACAACAUCUUCCACACGUUCUACCCAAUCAGUGACAACACAAGAUGGGUCAUCUCAACGCCACACCCCUACCCGCAUUCCCAUGGCAAAAGGUAUGAAAGCAGUAAAGCCAAUAAUGGCAGUGCCAGGAGCAGGAAAUCAUUCAAAAGCAUUUGAGCCACGUGGCGAGAGUCAGUCUAUGAAAAUAGAAUUGAAGAAGUCGCCAGCCAACAGCUCUACCCCUCUGGGAGGGGGGAAGGGCUGA